AUGUCUGACGAAAUCGUGUGGCAGAUCAUAAAUCAACAAUUCUGCGCUUUCAAGCUCAAAACCACCAAAGGAAACAACUUUUGCAGGAAUGAAUACUCGGUCAGCGGUCUCUGCAACCGGCAAAGUUGCCCCCUCGCCAACAGCCGUUAUGCGACGAUAAGGACGUCCCCUAAGGGGACUAUCUAUCUCUAUAUCAAAACCAUCGAACGAUCGCACAUGCCGUCGAAAUGGUGGGAAAAGAUCAAGCUUUCCAAGAACUACCAAGAAGCGCUCCAGCAGAUCGAGAGCCGACUCCAAUACUUCCCCAAGUUCCUCCUCCACAAGUGCAAGCAACGUCUCACCCGACUAGUCCAAGUAGCGACGCGCAUGCGCAGGAUAGCGGCCGAGGAGGCCCGACUCGGGGAACGGCUAGUGCCGAAAAUGGCGCCCAAGAUCAAGCACCGCGAGGAAGCCCGCGAGCGCAAGGCGUUGAUGGCGGCGAAGCUGGAACGGACGAUCGAGAGGGAGCUCCUUGAGCGGCUGCGGCAGGGCGCGUACGGUGACAUGCCGCUUAACUGCAACGCCAAUAUCUGGAAGAAGGUUUUGAAUGCGCUCGAGACGGAGGGCGAGGGUGUCCGUGACAAGGACAUGGACAAGGGCGUUGAGGAUGAAGAGGAGGAGGCCGAGUCGGAGGAGGAGCUUGAGAAGGAGGUGGAAGAGGAGGAUGAAGAGGAGGAGGACGGCGCGGUGGAGUAUGUCUCCGACUUCGACGAGAGUGAUGAGGAGCUGGCCGACAUUGAGGAUUGGUUGGGUAGCGAUGAGGACGACGACCAGGAAGACGAUGACGAGGAGGACAGUGAUGGGGAGGAUGACGAUGAGGAAGACGUCAAGAAGAAGAAGGCGGGCGACAAGCGGAAGAGGGGCAAGGCGGUCAAGCCUGCGGCACGGAAGCGGAAAGAGUUGGAAGUGGAGAGGGAAACAGAGCGGGCGAAACUGCUUGCAUUCUAG